AUGUCGCAUCAGUCUAUUCUCCGCAUUACUCGUGAACUUUCAGAUCUUCAAAAGGGGAACGACUUGUCUGUCACAUAUGAUGAAUCGGAUAUUCGCGAUGUAAAGGCGUUGAUUGUGGGCCCUCCAUGCACGCCAUAUGAAUUUGGCUUCUUCGAGUUCUCUGUCAAAUUUCCACAAGACUAUCCCGCCAACCCUCCAAAAGUCACCGCACUAACCACGAACGCUGGUCGAUGCCGUUUCGCUCCUAACAUCUAUGCCAAUGGGAAAGUUUGCUUAACAUGGCAAGGGGAAAAGGGAGAAGAAUGGUCAUCCGCACAAGGCUUAGAAUCUGUGCUUAUCUCGAUCCAAAGUCUUAUGUCUUCGAAUCCUUACGAAAACGAGCCUGGAUACGAAGUGGCCACCGACGAUCCUGAAACACAACGAGAUAUGGCCGAUUAUAUUGCGAAGAUAAAACACGAAACACUCCGCCUUGCUGUGCUUCAGCCACUCGAGGAGUCCCUAAAAAUCGUCCCAGGUAGUAAGAUUGAAACAUCUGAAGGUGGAGUCGCAAUGGAGGAUGAUGAGGAAGUAGAACGAGAGAGCUAUCAGUCCUUUGAUGAUCUUCGCAAAAGAAGGUUACUAUGGUACUAUGACUCUUACAUGCACACGAUCGACGUGGAGUCUGAAAAGGUCGAAAAAGGCCAACUCUUCAAGGAGAUGCCGUUUGAAAUGACCAGCAACCAAAUGCCUGGACGAUUCGACUACCCAGAUCUCAAAACUCGUUUAAUGACGACCAAAGAUCAAAUUAUGAAGGAGACCAUGCGAUGGACUAUUGAAGGGCUCCAAGCAAAAAAAGACGACUUGAGCAUUGCCAGUAAUUUGUCGCUUCAGUACCAGCAGAUCCUGGAGGAUUUCAACGGCCGGAAAUACUUUUCUCUAGAUCUGUCUCUGGUAGACGACAAUCCAUUUGCUUGGGAUGCAACAAACUUUGGUCGUCCCGGAACGCAUCUCGAUGGCGGCGUGUUUAAUAUCAAGAUCCAUCUAAGUCCACGAUUUCCACAAGAACAGCCUCGGGUGUUUUUCAAAACGCCUAUCUUCCACCAUCACGUUUCAAAAGAUGGUAUGUUGUGUUACCAUACUGAUCGUCCUGGCGAGAUGAAGCAUCACAUCGAGACAAUUGUGCGGACGAUUGAGGAAGAGGCUCCGCCGUUUGAUCCGAGGACUACGGUCAACUUGGAGGCAACGAAAUUGUUUUGGGGGACUCCGGAUCAGAGGAAGAAAUAUCAUCGGGCAUUGCGGCGAUCUGUUGAGGACAGCAGUAUAUAA